ACCAACUGAGCGUACCUGUUGUCUUUCCAAAUUGCAAACGAUUCUAAAACUGUUCCUGCAAUAAUUAUUAACUUGUUCUUCUGAUUAAAUUUGUAUGAUCCUCAAACACAGCUGCAUUUUUUUCCCUCUCUUUGGUUUACAAGGCUAAGACCGCUGUUGCUUCAUCUCGCCGUAAAGCUGGCCCCUCUCUCGAAGUUCUAACGAAUAUCCGCACAAAUACUCCACCUCUGCGACGCAAUGGACCAACUCCGCGCCGCCAUCAACACGCUCCGCAGCCAGUUCGACCUGAAGAUGCCACGGUACCGCCGGCGAAACACCGACAUCGCCGCCUACCGGGACUUUAUCGCCCAGCGAGAUCCGUUGAUCAACAUACCGGAAAUGGCCAAAAGCAACGAGCUGGCCGACCGACACCGCCAGCACGGCAACCGUGCCUACGCAGCGAAACGGUUCGACGAAGCACUGCUGCAGUACAACCAGAGCAUCUGUUUUGCGGAACGCGGCUCGGAACAGUUGGGAAUGGGUUAUGCUAAUCGAUCUGCUGUUUACUAUGAACAAGGAGAGUACGAGUUUGCUUUGUACAAUAUUGACCUGGCCAGGAAGCACAACUAUCCGGAAGCUAUGAUGCCGAAACUAUUGGCACGGGAGGUCAACUGCAAGAAAAUGAUCGAUGAAGGUAAUUCGAAGGGAACUGUUCCAAUUCCGGUUGUGCAAAUGAACGUCGAAGUUAAUCCAACGAUUCCAUUCCUGGCCAAGGGAAUUACAAUGAAACAGUACGGAGAAAUGGGUCGAGGGCUAGUUGCUGAGAGAGACUUCACCACCGGAGACGUUAUCCUCGAUGAAAAGGUAGAUCUGUGUUUCGUUUCCUGUUUUCGAAACUACUUGAAUUGUGGCCACUGCGGAUCCGAGUUUUGUAGAAGCUUGAUUCCAUGCCUCGGCUGUGUGAUGUUUAUGUACUGUUCGGAGAAGUGUCGGGAGCAGGAUCUACGGAUCACUCAUCGGUUCGAGUGCAGCGUGGCAUCAAAGCUGUUCAGUGUGACCGAUUUAACUGCGAUGAUGAUGGCACGGUUGUUCUUUUACGGUCUUACGGCCUUCGACGACAACGUUAACAAGAUGAUGAAGUACUGCCUGGCAAACGCCGGUACAGGUUCCAAUCCAUUCGAGCUGGAAUUCGCCAAUCUGAACCGUGUGGACAUCUUCAAGGUUCUGCAUCAGACCAAAGCUCGGUACGAUCCCACCAUUGAGCACGACUUGAAAGUGGACGCUGCCGCGUACCACUUGAUCUUCAUGAAGAGCCCUGCCGUCCAAGCUAUCUUCUGCACCGCAGCUCAACGUAACUUUAUGCUACGGUGCUUGUUGAUCCACGGCCGCGUAGCAUCAACGUUGGCUCUCAACCAAAAAUAUGAACCAAACGGAUUUACGGCAAAUUUUUCCCCCCUUGCCACGGUCUGCAAUCACUCUUGUGACCCGAACGCAACAACCAUUGUCGAUUCCGGAUCGAUAAAGCUAAUCGUUCUACGCCCCAUCGUGAAAGGUGAUCAGAUUUUGACCACGUACGGACCGGCCUGGUGGCGAGCUCAGUACUGCCACGACGUGAAUUUCGACUGUAAUUGUCCGUUUUGUGACGAGGGUUCCGAAGGGGAGAAGUGGCAAGCGGAGCAGGACCAAGCGCCGAUGAUGCCUCCCAAUCCGCCAAAGGACCUGUUUUCGACGGACGGGGACACGUCCAAUUUGGUGUACAAAUUGGGCCGAUUUCAGCGAAUUGUGAAAUUUCUGGCGCGCGAACAUUUGGGCCAACUUUUCGGAGACAUGGCGAACGUGUAUCAUGACGCGUUGAUUGAAGUGGUCCGACAGGAGAACAGGAAGCGCGAUCGGGCCAAGGUGUGGAUUGGUGGCGCUGUCAACGCUUCGGACUGAUAUUA